AUGUUGCGUCACGCCGCCGGUCGGCGCUGGCUGCUGCUCGCCGCCCUCCUCUGCCUGUCGGACUGCAGCACCGAUAGCUUGAUCGCCAGCAGCCUGCGGCGCGCCAUCAGAGAAGAGCUCGCCGGCGCGCUUAGCGAGCACGGCUGUGACCUCCGGCCGCCGGAGUUCGUGGCGUGCUCCGGCCGCUGCUACCUGCCGCUGGUGACGGCCGUCACCCACGAGCAGGCGACGGCCCACUGCGCCCAGCUUGGCGCCCGCCUGGCGGUGCCGCGCACGCUCAAGGAGAACCUGUGCGCUGCCGGACUGGCAGGUCACCGCAGCGUCUGGCUGGGCAUCACCGACCUGGCUGUCAAGGGCGAGUUUGUCGACCAGGACGGCCGAUCAGUGGCGGAAGUUCUAGGCAAUGUGUGGUCCGAGGGCCAGCCGGACAACUACCAGAACAGGGAGGAUUGUGUGGAGAUUUGGCCGACGAACACGUUUCCGAACGUCCGCUUUGCCGAGUGGAACGACAGGGACUGUAGUGCGAAGGCGAUUCCGAUGUGUCAGCUGGACCUGUAA